GCUCAACAUCUCACACUUCCGAUCUUUGCUUUCAUCUUUCUAUCCAAGGCUCUGUCUCAAGAGGAAAUCGUCAUGGCCGAACCAAUUCCCGGCCCUUCCACCUCCGCUGCCGCCGCCGCCGCAUCUGACACCAACACAUCCACCUCAAAAAAGCCCAGCGUCAUCAUCACCAUUGGCAUGGCCGGCGCAGGCAAGUCCACGUUCGUGCAGCGCAUCAACUCGUACCUGCACACGAGCGAAAACGACACGCGGCCGCCGUACAUCCUCAACUUGGACCCGGCGGUGCUCAACCUGCCGUUCGAGGCGAACAUCGACAUCCGGGACACGGUGAACUACGCCGAGGUCAUGAAGCAAUACAAUCUUGGUCCGAAUGGAGGGAUCUUGACCGCGCUCAAUCUGUUCACGACCAAGUUCGACCAGGUGCUCGAGUUGGUAGAGAAGCGCGCGGAGACGACUGAUCACAUCAUCCUGGACACGCCCGGGCAGAUCGAGAUCUUCACCUGGUCCGCGUCGGGGGCGAUCAUCACCGACGCGAUUGCGUCGUCGUUCCCGACGGUGAUAGCGUACAUUAUUGACACAGCCCGGUGCGUCGCGCCCGCGACGUUCAUGUCCAACAUGCUAUACGCGUGCAGUAUAAUGUACAAGACGAAGCUACCGUUCGUACUCGUGUUCAACAAGACGGAUGUCCAGCCGCACGACUUUGCGCUCGACUGGAUGGCGGACUUUGAGGCGUUCCAGGCGGCGCUGGCGACGCACCCGGGCGCGCGCGAUGCCGAGGGCGAGCCGACAUACAUGAACAGCCUUAUGAACAGUAUGAGUCUUGUGCUGGACGAGUUCUACAAGCAUCUCAAGGCUGUUGGGGUGUCGAGUAUGACCGGGGCAGGCGUCAAAGAGUUCUUCGACGCCGUUGAGGAGUCACGGGGGAUAUACGAAAGGGACUACCUCCCUGAGCUCGAGCGCGCGCGCGCGAUGCGCGAGAAGACGCUGCAGGACGCGAAGGAUGACUCGGUGAACAGGCUCAUGAAGGACCUUGCGGUCGACCGGGCGAAGAACCCCCAGGCGGCGGCGAACGACCGGUGGGCCGAAGAAGACGAGGAAGACGAGGACGAUGGUGAUGCGGAAGUGAACAUCAUUGAUCGAAGCGAGGAGCGGUGGCCGGGGCAGUAUAUUGAUGUGAUGUCGAUGCGUAGAGGGGGAGCCGAGGAGAUAAACUGGCCGCGCCCGGGGUAAACGGCCGACGUUCAAAGUUCGACGUUGGCGCUCUGUUGUGACGGGAUCUAUCAAGAUUGUUACUAGGACUUCAGCGAGAUUAGGUGUGUGUCAUAGGAUCUAGACUAAAAGGAUCUCGAGCAGAGUUUCGGACUGGCGACAUGUAUGCAUGUGCGCUUGAGUACGUACUACAUGUUCAUGUGUGUGUAUUCACCGAGACUACGGGUAUCCAUCCCAUGUAUCGUAUCGAUUUCACUGCCGCGAUCGCGAAGGGAGAUGUGUUUCUGG